AGGCUGCGGCCGCCGCUGUCGCCGCGUUGUCGCCGCGUUGUCGCCGGAGCGGAGCCUGCGCGCAGGUCCUUGGCGCGGGCUAGCGGUUCACCAUGGACCCCCUCUUCCCUGCCCACAUUUUGGAGGACCCCGACCUGAGGAAGCUGCUCAACGACUCCUCCAUGCUCAACCUGAGCUUCCUGCCCAGCAACUGGUUCAACAACGGCACCGGCGACGGCUUCUUGCCGCUCGGCAUCAAGAUCACCAUCGUGGUGGUCUACUCCAUCGUGUGCAUCGUGGGGCUGGUGGGCAACUGCUCCGUCAUGUAUGUGAUUGUCAGGUUCACCAAGAUGAAGACAGCGACCAACAUUUACAUCUUUAACCUUGCUCUGGCUGAUACCUUGUGCCUGAUGACCUUACCCUUCCAGGGUACAGACACGUUCCUGGGCUUCUGGCCCUUUGGCAAUGUCCUCUGCAAAAUUGCCAUCUCCAUCGACUACUACAACAUGUUCACCAGCACCUUCACGCUGACCAUGAUGAGCGUGGACCGCUACAUUGCCAUCUGCCACCCCAUCAAAGCGCUGGACAUCCGCACUCCCCACAAGGCCAAGGUGGUCAAUGUGUGCAUCUGGGCGCUGGCUUCUGUCUUUGGCAUCCCAGCCAUGGUGAUGGGAUCUGCAGAGAACGAAAACAACGCAGAAAUUGAUUGUCUAAUUAAGCUCCCAUCACCGGUGGAUUACUGGGAUCCCGUGUUUGGCAUCUGCGUCUUUCUCUUCUCCUUUAUGAUCCCCGUGUUGAUCAUAACCAUCUGCUACAGCCUCAUGAUCAGGCGACUCAAGAACGUCCGUGUCCUCUCAGGCUCCAAGGAGAAGGACCGAAACCUGCGGCGCAUCACCCGAAUGGUCCUGGUGGUGGUGGCCGUCUUCAUCGUCUGCUGGACGCCCAUCCAGAUCUUCGUGCUGGUGCAGUGCCUGGGUGCCAAGGCAGAAAGCGAGCUCGAGUUGGCCAUCUCCUGCUUCUGCACCGCGCUGGGCUACGCCAACAGCAGCCUGAACCCGGUGCUCUACGCCUUCUUGGAUGAGAACUUCAAGGCGUGCUUCAAGAAGUUCUGCUUCCCCACUGCCUUCAGGACUGAGCUCCAGAUGUCCAACAGGAUGUGCAGCAUUGCCAAGGACGUGGCUUACGCCUGCAAGAACUCGGAGGGGACUAACAAUCCGGCCUGACUAGGCAUGGAAAUUCCCAUGGUGGCCGUGGCCCAGCAGAGUCCGACCACCCCCACGUCAGAGCUGACUCAGAUAACGGCUCUUUAGCAGGACCUCAAAACUGAGAGGCAAUUCUGGGGGUCGGGAAAACCGGAUUCUGCAAGAGCCUGCAGAAGGUGAGCCAAAUUGAUGCAUUUUUAAUUCCAGUGCACCCUGCACUGCAGAAUGCGUUUGAAAGCAGCCCUUUGAUUCCCGAGAACCUCUUGUGGUUUGCAACACUAUGGAGACUUGGGGAAUUAAGGGGUUUAAGCCAGGCUUUGCUCCUGGGUCUUACAUCCUUGCUGCUGGGAGACGGACAAAAUGCAAACUCUUCUUCUUCCUCCCUGAGCUGUUUAAGAUGCCAUCGGCUCAUAGGGCUCACCGGGCGCUCGCGCGUGGAUUUUAUUCCUGCGGCAUUGCUCUGAAAUUAGACUUUGAAGCCACCAUGGGGAACAGCCGCCAGACAAAACCCUAGAUCAUCUCCAGGAUGAGUCAUCAUGCAGUGAAGGGAGCAGGGGAUGGGCUGGUGGAGAGAGAGAUUCCAGCUGUGCGGAGCCAGGUGAAGUGCCGGGCUUGGGAACCUUGGCGCCAAGCCUGGGGACAAGGACAAGGGCAGCUCCUGCGGAUGGAGGUCUGCAAUAAACCCUCUGCCUCGAGGGCUGGGACGAGACUGUUGGAACUGAGGAAUCUCAGGAGAGGAGAGAUGGAUGAAACGAACACAGAUGCGUGUUUACAUGCUGCUAUUGCUGUUUGGUUUUAUUUUAACCCUGUGUUUUCAGUGUGAUAGUGGACAGUGUCUAUCUAUAUAGACCCAUGGACAUCUCUGCAUUGCUAUAGGUACAGCUGUGCCUAUACCUCACUGGAUUUCACCUUGCCAAGCAUGCCUUGGAGAGCUUUCCCAGUAAGAGACGAAGGAAACUGUGGCCUAAAUAUGUGUAUAUUUCUGGGUAGAGGAAAGCUGCUUGGAAAGAGCUGGGCUGGCGGCUCCUCCAAAAGACAUGGACAUUUCUGCUAGGAGGGGCAGCCUGGGACAUUGCCACCCGCUCCACCUGAGGAACGGUGUACAAAGCAUCUCCAAAGGGUGGAGUUUGCAACUAUUUAUUUAUUUAUGAAUUUAUUUUAGUGAAGUGGUGGACAUGAAGUGGGGACAGAGGGUCCCUUUCCCCUUGAGAGCUUGGGAGAUGCUGCUGAGGAACCACCCCUCCUGCCAGCUGUGGAUUGAUUUUUAGUUUAAUUUUAUUAUUCUUUCCUCUCCCUUCCCAAUAGCACAGAGGAUAAUGUGUUAGAAUGAAAUGCCCUGUCAUUUCAUUUGAAAAUAGAAGCACUUUGGAAGAAUUUAAGCUCCAACUGCCCUCUGUGCAGGCUGGCUUGUAUUCCCCCUUAUCCUGGGAAGUUUUGGGAAUGGCAGUGAGUGGAGCUGAUUAGGAAUAAGGUGCUGACAUCCACUUGGAAAGGCAGGAUCAAUUCCAAUGUGAGAAAUGGCAGCAGCCUCUGAACUGUACAGUCUUUGUGUGUGAAUAUAUUGUGCUCUGGUCUAUGAGAUUCCGUAUUUUUAAUGUAUUGAUUUGCCAAUAUUUUAAUGCUGUCAUGUUCUUUAUAUAUGCUAUAUAAAAGAAUCCAAUGUUAUAUUUCUAGGUAGAGAGUUUCCCUUAUGGUUGGGCUUAAAAUAUAGGUGCAAUUCCAGUGUCCCACGUGUGGGGCCCAGAUUCCUUGUAAACUGCAUGAGCUGGAGAACGGCUCUGGCUAAUUGGUGGUUUAUUGGGAAUCUGGAGGGAUAUCAAACCUGGCAAAUAGAAAACACGACAAAUAGCACCUCUCUCGAAUAAAUGAAGAGAGAAGGGUGGAAAUCUGGGCACUUUGAGCACUUUUUAAUGGACAUUAACCCCCAAGCACUGCCUGGGAAAUCUUGUCCAGCCCCCCAGGCUAAAACCCCUUGUGUGCCCAGAAGCACCACCCAAGAUCCGAAGAUGCUGCCGCCGCAUCCCUGCAAAAUCAGGUUGGUGGCUCCUGUAUCCAUGGAUAAAUUAGCAGCACUGGGCAGUGAACAACCUCUUGCAAGCUGGAGCAGCUCGCUCAGGAGCAGCUGCCCUCCCUUUUUAGUUCUCAGUUGGGUUUUUCAAGAGAUUUCCGUCCUCUAAAAAUUACACCCGUAUUCGGCAAUUUUUCUAAUUUUGUUAUAAAGACUAUGCUGCGAUGAUCUUGCCUAAUGAAGUACUCGAUAAAUGUGCGUUUACGAAGCUUUUGGGUAAUUUUGUGGCCCUCGCAGUGAAUGUGUUUCGACAUUCUGUUCAAUGCUCAGUGGAAUUUGUUAUCGGAGCAAGAAACCUGAAAGCAGAAGCUUUAUCGUCCUGUGCCUCUGGAGCUAAAGGCUCGGGAGCAGCCGGCUGGCUGAAACGCGGGCUCUUUAGUUCUCCUC